CUUCCUAAAAUAGUUAGAUAAAGCUAAAAAAAGCACUCCGCGGGAGUGAUUAGGGUUUCCCCAGGCACGUGGAGAGAUUACAUCAGCAAGAUCAACGUCAUGUGAUAUGCUUAUCUGGACCGAAGACUUCAACGUUUGGCGACUUUGUUAGACUAGGCUCCGGUCAAACUCGGUGGAGGAGAGGUAGAAGAAGAAGAAUAAAUGGAUAACAACACCCCGUCUAUCCCUCAGCUCGCCGUAGAUGCCCUGCGGCAGCUUUUUGCCCACUUGAGCGGGUGGGCAGUGGUUGUAGUGUUUGUUCUAAUAUGUCUCGUCACCCGACUCCUGACACAAGUCACUAGUCUACCUCGCAUUAGAACAAAAUACCCAGAUGGAUCAAUAUCUCCAAGCAAGGUUCCCUACUGGCUGCCUUACGUUGGCCAUUGGCUCUCGUUAGGUUUCUUCCGAAAGAGAUUGCUAUUCAAUGCCCGGUCAGUUUACGCUUGACGUUCGUUUGAGCCCCUUUUUGACGGAGGUAUUAACUUUGCUAUCUAGGCUGCCAGAACGUGGAGCUGCAUUCAGCUUUUAUUGUUGGGGGAGGAGACACGUUGUCCUUACAACUCCCUCGAUGGUUAGAAGCUUGUUUAAGCAACGCCAAUCCACUUCAGCAGAACCAUGCAUCAACUACCUACUGGACAACAACUUUGGCUCAAACAGUCGUGCGCGCAAACCUGGCCGAGAAGGCACUUACCAUGGUGAAUCAUCGAAGUGGAUGAGGCUUUUGGCAGAAGAGCCCUACCUCACUGAUCUCUCAUCCGUACUAGUCAAGGAAAUUGAACGAACCACUCCAUCUUUGGUCUCAUUCACCUCUAGUGUUGUAGAUCAAUAUCCAUGGGAACGAAUCAGUGGCGUUACUCUCCAAAAUGAAGCAAGCGGAGAAAGAGUAUGCAUAACCAAACUGUACUCCUUGAUUAGUGGCUUCGUGGGAAAUCUCUCGAUCAAUAUUUUAAUGGGGAAGACUCUCCUUGAUGUCUAUCCCAAUGUUUUACCCGACAUCUCCGCCUUCAAUAGCAAAUUCAAUGCUAUGUUGCUUGGAAUUCAGCGGUGGAUUCCAUUUCCCGGUCUUGUCAAUGCAUAUCUCGCUCGCCGUCGCUUGCUAGUAUGCCUGACGGUUCAAAAUGCCAUAUUUAGUCAGAUAGAAAACGGACAAGAGCCUGAGGCUGUUUGGCGGGAUCUAGAUGAUGUUUCUGCCGCAGUCCAGGCUCGAAUGCGGACACGAAUCAAGAACGGUUACUCGGUCGAAUAUGCGGCCGCUGAAGAUUUAUCUUUGUUAUGGGCAGUUACUGUGCGGGCGAACGCCUUAAUAUUCUGGAAUCUCGUUCACAUACUAGCUGACCCUAAGUUACAUGCCGAAGUGUUGGCUGAAAUUGGCCCUUAUGCAAAGCUUAAACCCUCAAAUUCGGCUACAUUCGGUCUACCAGAACCACCACAGGUGUCAUUGGAUAUUGAUAAACUCAUCGGGUCUUGUCCAUUGCUGAUGUGUACCCAAAGGGAGACCAGUCGGCUCUACUCAACCCCUUAUACUUACCGAAAGGUUACCUCUAAUAUUAACCUCACCGAGUCAGAUGAGGACGCAUCUUUCAAUUCUCGAGAAGCCCAGACUUAUCAUCUAUCUGAGGGUGAUUAUGUUGUGAUACCUCACUCUUUGCGAAAUCGAAUCCCUCUUUACAACAGCUCACCUGACAGCUUUGAUCCACGACGACACCUUAUCAAGUCUACUGAGGCCGAUGACUUGGAAGACAAGAAAGGCCUACAACAUGUUGUGGAUGAGGAUGAGCAAGAUUGCUCAGAAGGUUGGGAUGACCCAGCUUCCGUUUGUUGGAAGUUAGAGCAGAGAAAAGUUAUUGGAACCUUGGCCGCCAUAUUAGUAACAUGGGAUAUCAAGCCUGCCGGGGGAGAGGACUGGCAAGUUCCUAACCGGAGGAGCGGAAGCUUGAUUGACGAACCAAAAGACAUACAGGUUAUGCUAAAGAUGAAAUCCUAGCGCUUUGGUCUUGUACAUCUCUUUACAAAUUAGCUAAAAGGCCCAGAUAAAUGUA